GCCACGGAGACGACGAUGUCCGCGCAGUCCCCGGCUCUGACGCGCUCGACGCAGCCUGGGGAAGGCGGCCGGCCGCAGCCCGCCGAGCCCUAGUCGCACAAAGCCGGUGCCCGCCUGCCCGCCCGCCCGGCCUCGGCGCCCGCCGACGACUUUGCUGCCUGCUCCGCGGCUCUUUGUCUCCACUUGGGGCGGCCGCCCGACUCUGGGAUUUCGCUGCGAGAGCGGGCUGGGGGGGCCGGGGGCGAGCUCCCGCUUUCCCGGCCGCCCCCCGCUCGGGCUUGGCUCCCCCCUCCCCCGCACCUCCCCGGCCCGGGCUCUCGGCGCUUCCACGCUCUCGGAAUCACGACCCCUCCCUGCCAUGUAUCCGCAAGGCAGACAUCCGGCUCCCCAUCAACCCGGGCAGCCGGGAUUUAAAUUCACGGUGGCUGAGUCUUGUGACAGGAUCAAAGACGAAUUCCAGUUUCUGCAAGCUCAAUAUCACAGCCUUAAAGUGGAGUACGACAAGUUGGCGAACGAGAAGACGGAGAUGCAGCGCCAUUAUGUGAUGUACUACGAGAUGUCCUAUGGCUUGAACAUUGAAAUGCACAAGCAGACAGAGAUUGCGAAGAGACUGAACACAAUUUUAGCGCAGAUCAUGCCUUUCCUGUCACAAGAGCACCAGCAGCAGGUGGCACAGGCAGUGGAGCGCGCCAAGCAGGUCACCAUGACGGAGCUGAACGCCAUCAUCGGGCAGCAGCAGCUCCAGGCGCAGCAUCUCUCCCACGCCACGCAUGGGCCCCCGGUCCAGCUGCCACCCCACCCAUCGGGCCUCCAGCCUCCAGGGAUACCCCCAGUGACGGGGAGCAGCUCAGGGCUGCUGGCGCUUGGUGCCCUGGGCAGCCAGGCCCACCUGACAGUGAAGGACGAGAAGAACCACCAUGAACUUGACCACAGAGAGAGAGAAUCAAGCGCGAAUAACUCAGUGUCACCCUUGGAAAGCCUCCGGGCCAGUGAGAAGCACCGGGGCUCCGCAGACUACAGCCUGGAGGCCAAGAAGCGGAAAGCAGAGGAGAAGGACAGCCUGAGCCGAUAUGACAGUGACGGGGACAAGAGUGACGAUCUGGUGGUGGACGUUUCCAAUGAGGACCCAGCAACGCCCCGGGUCAGCCCGGCACACUCCCCACCUGAAAAUGGGCUGGACAAGGCCCGUGGCCUGAAAAAGGACGCCCCCACCAGCCCCGCCUCGGUGGCCUCUUCCAGCAGCACACCUUCCUCCAAGACCAAAGACCUUGGUCAUAAUGACAAAUCCUCCACCCCCGGGCUCAAGUCCAACACGCCAACUCCAAGGAACGAUGCCCCAACUCCAGGCACCAGCACGACCCCAGGGCUCCGGUCGAUGCCGGGCAAACAUCCAGGCAUGGACCCACUAGCCUCCGCCCUGCGCACGCCCAUCUCCAUCACCAGCUCCUACGCUGCACCCUUUGCCAUGAUGAGCCACCACGAAAUGAACGGCUCGCUCACCAGCCCUGGCGCCUAUGCCAGCCUCCACAACAUCCCUCCACAGAUGAGCGCGGCCGCCGCUGCCGCAGCUGCCGCCUAUGGCCGAUCGCCCAUGGUGAGCUUUGGAGCUGUUGGUUUCGACCCCCACCCUCCCAUGCGGGCCACAGGCCUGCCCUCAAGCCUCGCCUCCAUUCCUGGUGGAAAACCAGCCUACUCUUUCCACGUGAGCGCUGAUGGGCAGAUGCAGCCCGUGCCCUUCCCCCACGACGCCCUGGCAGGCCCCGGCAUUCCCAGGCACGCCCGCCAGAUCAACACCCUGAGCCACGGGGAGGUGGUGUGUGCCGUGACCAUCAGCAACCCCACGCGGCACGUCUACACGGGUGGCAAGGGCUGCGUGAAGAUCUGGGACAUCAGCCAGCCGGGCAGCAAGAGUCCCAUCUCCCAGCUGGACUGCCUGAACAGGGACAACUACAUCCGCUCCUGCAAGCUGCUCCCUGAUGGGCGCACGCUCAUCGUGGGUGGUGAGGCCAGCACGCUCACCAUCUGGGACCUGGCCUCGCCCACGCCCCGCAUUAAGGCCGAGCUGACGUCCUCGGCUCCCGCCUGCUACGCCCUGGCCAUCAGCCCCGACGCCAAAGUCUGCUUCUCCUGCUGCAGCGACGGGAACAUUGCCGUCUGGGACCUACACAACCAGACCCUGGUCAGGCAGUUCCAGGGCCACACGGAUGGGGCCAGCUGCAUAGACAUCUCCCAUGACGGCACCAAGCUGUGGACGGGGGGCCUGGACAACACCGUGCGCUCCUGGGACCUGCGUGAGGGCCGGCAGCUACAGCAGCAUGACUUCACCUCUCAGAUCUUCUCUCUGGGGUACUGCCCCACCGGGGAGUGGCUGGCUGUGGGCAUGGAGAGCAGCAACGUGGAGGUGCUGCACCACACCAAGCCCGACAAGUACCAGCUGCACCUGCACGAGAGCUGCGUGCUCUCCCUCAAGUUUGCCUAUUGUGGCAAGUGGUUUGUGAGCACUGGGAAAGACAACCUCCUCAACGCCUGGAGGACACCUUACGGAGCCAGCAUAUUCCAGUCUAAAGAAUCCUCGUCUGUCUUGAGUUGUGACAUUUCAGCGGAUGACAAAUAUAUUGUAACAGGCUCUGGUGACAAGAAGGCCACAGUUUAUGAGGUCAUCUACUAAACAAGGACUCUAACAGGGCUGUCAGACUCUGGGAGAAACAGCUCUGACAGUGAGACCCCACGCGCGAGGCCCCAGAGGAUGCAGAGGAUGGGCCGCGAGCAGCCGCGUGUUCCAGGCUGCGCCCCGGCAGGCUGCGAGGGCAUGCGCCCGUCACGUGCGGACUUCUGGGCAUGGGUUGACGUGGCUCACAGACUCCGAUGGAUCGCCUCCUCCCCUCCCCUCACAACCCUGGCAGAUGCUACAAAUAGAGUUACUUGGAGGCUUGUGGCUCUGGCUCCCCACAGACACCCUCAUAAAUCUUUCUCUCUACUUCCCCUUUCUUUCGACCUGCCCCCUUCCUGGGGUCGGGGACACUGGAGUGGACCACAUUUUUGUGCUGGGGGUGGGGGAAUCUCUUUUUCCCGAUUGUGCAGUGCACAAGAUUUGUGAAAAAUGUAAAUAACAGACUGCUAGCGGACUGGUCAGUGGGGAAGGAGGCCCCUUCCCGUGGGAACCCCUCGCCGUGUAUUUCGCCUGCUGUAUUUGUAAUCCACUCGUGGUGGUGGCUUUUUUUGUUUUUUGUUUUUUUGUUUUGGUUAACAAACGUUCCCAUCUGAAAAGGGAGACAGGGAGGGGAAGCAAAAUGAGGAGGGGAUGGAAUGGGGGAAAAAUUCUUUGGGGGAGGGAGGGAGUGGCAGCUGGUAACGAGACUGACCAUCAGGCACCCACUGGAAUGAGCGCAUCUCUGCAUGGGUUUGGGGAUUGUCCGAUCUAUGUCAGGGCUGAGUGCCAGAUGGACAGACUGAUGGACAGUGCUGGAGACGAGUGCCAGCCUGAGCACCGCAUUGGCAGAAGCCGAUUUUUCCGUGGUCUCGUGCCGUCUGUCUGCCUUUGCCCUGUCUGUCUCUCCCUCUGGUCUCUGUCUCAUGCUCGUUCUCUCCUCCUCUGCCUCGGUCUCUUUCUUUGGCGCACACUUGGGUAUUGUGAAGAGAAAUGGAAGUUCAAAGGAACUCCCUCCCCGGCCCCCCUUAAUCUUCGGACAUAGCCUAAAAAGGAAACAAAGUUAGGGGAAAGCAUAGCAAGUCAGCUCAGGGAGCUACCCGAGAAAAAUAGCAACUGAUGUGGGUGCUUUUCUUUCUUUCUUUUUUUUUUUUUUAUUUGAAUAAAAAGAAUUAGAAGUGAUAUUCUUUUAUAAAAUGCCUUCUCCCCUUUCCUGCCUGUGACCCCCUUCCUCCCCGCAGAGGGGAAAAAGUCUAUUAGCUAUAGGGUUGCAAGUCUGAAAGGAUUAUCCCACCCAGCCCAGUGUGGUGGGGGUAAGGGUGGGAGAUGGGGACAGUCCUCUUCACUCUGUGAUGGUUUCUUGCCCCUCGGUCCUUAUGGGCCCGAACAGGCUACAGUUAGAAUAUUGUCUCCUGUAGGUACCACUUUUUGGUACCGAAAUGUUCUAAGGUGUUGGGGUUGUUAUUUUUGGGGUUUUUUGGUCCUUUUUUCCUCUUUUAAAGAAAAGUUGAAGGCCGUUGUGAGCCCCGGUGGUGGGCUCUCCGUGGAUGUAGCAUAUGGAAGAUAAUUUUUAUACUGCAUUUUUACGGAUUGUUUUAUAAGGUGUGAUUCUGCCUGGUGAGAAGGAAGGAGGGGCUUCCGUGAACACUCCUGCCUUCAGUGACCUUGCUCCAGGGCUGCGCAGCUCCUCUGACAGGAAGUCGUGAUAUGGAGGCCAGCCUGGCGCCCUGUGCCUCUAGGGGUUGGGGGGUUCUUCUAGAGUCUCUCUUUUUGGGUCACACGUUCAUCUGCCACCUCUUGUUAAGGCUCUAGCCACAACGAGGGUGAGGGUAAAAGAAAGUUAAAUCCUGAAAAAAAAAA